GCAACAGACCCGCUCCCAAUACCAUCAAUUGUUGUAAGCAGGCUCACUUUUUGUGGAAUUUGCUCAAAACCUGUUUUCUUUUUAGAGCAGGUUUUCGUAGUAGCAAGAGCUUGUUUUUAAAGCUCGCCCGUCUUCGCCGCCUCUGCUGAAAGGUCCUGAGUCUCGGGCAAGUUACAACGAAAGAGCCUCUUUUUCGCGUACACGGUUAUUUCUUACCCAACAGACCAUCUAUGCAUGUGUACCGACAAGACACACAAUCAGUGGUGCUUUAAGAUUGUUUUUGUCGUAUACUCUCUGUUUGUUACGAGAUAAAAAGGAAAAUUCAUUUGCUAGGUGAAACAGGCUGUUACACACCUGGAACUCGGUUGAGGAACUGAAGCACUUGAGUACGUCUUCUCUGUGUAUCGUUACUUACUUUAUUUCUCUCUUUUACAAGCGACACUAGAAGGCUUGUUAUCGUUAUUGUUAUUUGUAUAUACCUACCUCACUUAUUUAUCGGACAUUCCUUGAACUGUAACAGCUGAAACUAGGUACAUCAUCUGUCUCUGAAUCGGUGUUCAUUGUUCUGCCGAAAUCACCCCAAACACUCUUUUUAUAGUCUCAAGUUUCCCAUCCAGCCUGUUGAACAGUGCUCUACAAAUUUCCAGCCAUGGUGAAAGAGGAUUGUGCAUACCCCCAAAAUGCUCUGACGAGCCGGCGUCCUGACGCAUCCUCCAAGGGCGGGGGCCUUCGUUUUUUCUCUGCUUUUGGAAGCGUGGGCCAUAAACUGUCAUUCAAGAAUUCACUAUUCUCCUCAACAUCUCAUUCGCAUCGUCAUCAUAGUCAGGGUAAUACCAUGCCCCAGCGCCCUUCCACCAGCUUUGAUCUUUACUUGCCCGGUAGUCGAAAGGAGCAUCGGCGUCAGCAGCGUAGCUUUGACGAACAUAAUAGCGACUCGACGGACAGCGAGAGCGUGUCCGACGCUGCGUCCACCAGAGGAACAUUACGAAAAACAAAAACCUCAUAUCAAGAAUCAAUGCCGCCUAUUGAGCGCGGCCGGAGCAGCGAUUACGUGUUUGAGUCAGUGAACGAUAAACACGGUCAUGGCUAUCAUGGUACUCUUCGCAUUCUUUCCCCGUCUGUGUCAAGUCGAGCUUCACAGGCAGCUCCCUUAUCUGCUCCGCUUCCCGGAUCCGCCUCUAUUUACGGCCAUCAUCAUCAUUCCUCAAGCACAAACCUUAGUACAACUUCGGUCGCUACCCGUUCCAAGAAGUCUCCUAUUAGGCCUGCCUUUCUGUCACAAGUCGCUCAGGAAUUUCGACGACGUGUAGCAUUGGGCGACCGAGUAAAGGAUAGUUUGCUAUACAAGGAUGCAUUCACUGGUGCUGAGGCUGUCGAAAUACUAUUACGUAUCGCUCGUACUAGCGACAGAACAUUGGCCUUGCUGCUAGGCCGUGCGUUGGACUCUCAGAAGUUCUUUCACGAUGUCACUUAUUCUCAUAGACUUCGCGACUCUGCGAAAGAAGUUUAUCAGUUUAACCGCAACGUUUCCACAGCUCCCCUCUCCGCCAUCUCGCUAUUCUCGCCUAUAGAGACGUAUCAUUCAACGCGGCGUUACCCCGAGCAAACAGAAACAUAUGAGGGCGUGUUGUCAGAUUUUGGUCUUCAAACAUUUGGGGGUACGCCGCCGUCCCCUCCUGUUACUCAUCGUAAUGAUGCGGAGGAUGACCUUCCUCACGGUGUUUUUACACUGUUGACUGAGUGUUACUCGCCGACAUGUUCUCGGAAUCACCUCUGCUAUUCGGUUUCGUGUUCUCGUCGUCUUGAACAGCAAGCACGACUAAAUAUGAAAGUGCAACCAAUUCUUAGCGGAGGCGCCUCAAGACUUCAAGACGAGCAAGAACAGGAAGACAGACUCUGGGUUAAUACUGUACCCAGGCAUAUCGUUGAUCAACUUGAUCAACGUGAAUGGAAGCGACAAGAAGUGCUUUUUGAAGUCAUCUACACUGAACGAGACUUUGUCCGUGAUUUGGAAUAUCUCCGAGACUUUUGGAUUAAGCCUCUUCGUUCAUCUCUCAUCAUUCCUGAAAGCCGGCGCGAGAAGGUUGUCCGGUCAAUUUUUUACAAUAUCAUGCACGUACAUGCUAUAAAUUCUCGUCUUGCUGAUGCGCUGACGCGCUUACAAACACUUAAUCCAGUUGUGUACAGUAUUGGAGAAGUCUUUGUCGAAUAUGUCCCGAAGUUUGAACCAUUCAUUCGAUACGGCGCUAAUCAACUUUUUGGAAAAUACGAAUAUGAACGUGAAAAAAGCAUUAAUACAGCAUUUUCUCAAUACGUUCACGAGGUAGAACGUUUAAGAGAAUCAAGAAAAUUAGAACUCAAUGGAUAUUUAACGAAACCGACUACCAGGUUAGCUCGAUAUCCUUUGCUCCUUGAAAACGUACUGAAGUACACCAAGGAUGACAAUCCUGAUAAAGAGCUCUUACCAAGAGUCAUCGAAAUGAUUCGGGAGUUUCUUACGAAACUCAAUCAUGAAACUGGAAAGGCUGAAAACAGAUUUGCUUUAAUGCAAUUGGAUCAGCAGCUGUUAACGAAAGCUUCAGAGAAAACCGAACUGCAAUUAAUGGAUCCUGCUCGAAAAUUAAUCUUUAAAGGAACGUUGAGAAGAAAAACGAGUGGAUCUAGUUAUAAUGAUCCUGGAAACGAGCUGCAUGUUUUCCUUCUCGAUCACGCAUUGCUUCUCACUAAAUUGAAAUAUAACUCGAAGCGUGAAAAGUAUAAAAUUUUCCAACGGCCGAUUCCGUUAGAGCUGUUGAUUGUUUCUGUGUAUGAGGAUUACGUUCCUGGCAAGUCAAUGACUCGUCGACCAUCAUCCGGCAUCUUGGCGAAUCCUAUGUCUGCCUCUAAAACAAAUCUUGUUUUGCCAAAGACUUUUGCACUGAAGUUAUUACUUAUGGGCCGCGAUGGGUUCGAGAUUGUUUUAUGUUCGAGCACACUCAUCACUCGUGAUCAAUGGAAGCAGCAUAUUGAGAGGCAGCAAGAGCUGAUUCGUUCAAAGAAGUUUGUUUUCCACUCUGUGGUUGUUUACCAAGAUAUGUUUAUUGGCGGCAACAAGGUGAACUGUGCCAUUACCUACGAUGGUGGUCGCAAAACCCUGUUUGGCACUAAUGCGGGUCUUUUUAUCGCGAAUCGCCGGCCAGGCGAGAAUACUCGAUCUGAUCCGGCGCUGUGCAUUUCGUUGAGUUCGGUAUCGCAGGUGGAUGUGAUUGAGGAGUAUAAUAUUCUUCUCAUUCUCGCUGAAAAAUCUCUGUACCAAGCAUCACUUGAUGUCAUUGGUCUUGAGCCGCAUGCAGCUACACGACAUGUUCAGCGCAUCACGAACAAGGUCAGCUUUUUCAAGACAGGUUUCUGUCUUCAGAAAAUUCUUGUGUGUGUUGCGAAGUCGACCGUGUUGAAUACUUCGCUCAAGAUUUUCGAGGUUGAGCAGUCGAAGAAGAUGCAAUCCUCGAAAAAAGCUGGUGGUAACCAGGGAACAUUAAAGAUAUUUACUGAACUUCAUAUGCCGUUAGAAGCACUCUCAGUUCAUUUCAUGAAGAGCGCGUUGUGUGUGGGUACACCCAAAGGUUUCGACGUUGUUAGUCCAAAAUCCGCUGUCUUUCAGUCACUGCUUAACCCUGCUGACACGUCUUUCCGUUUCAUGGAAAAGGAGAAUGUACGGCCCAUCUCUGUUUUCCGACUUCAUGGUGAGUUUUUGUUGUGCUACACUGAAUGCGCAUUCUUCGUGAACAGCAAUGGCUGGAAAACUCGACAAAAUUGGUUUGUGACGUGGAAGGGAUGUCCAGAGAAAUUCGCUCUCGUUUACCCGUACGUGAUUGCCUUUGAACCUACCUUUAUUGAGGUUCGUCAUGCCGAAACGGCCGAGUUGGUGCAAGUGAUACCGGGCAACAAUAUUCACUUGCUCACAGACGGUCGCGGUCUCAUCAGUGAAGGAGGUGAGAUUCUUUAUGUAACAGAAGGCAAGUCGCUACAUGAGCCUGAGGAUGAUAGUGUCAUUUGUUCGUUGACUCUUGAAAAUGUCGCCGGCUCUCGACCAUCGACGAAACAGUCGCAAGCAAACAAGCAGUGACAUCCCUGUAGGCUCGUUUUAAUCUAAAAGGACAUUCAGCAUGCUGCACAUCAAGCACCGCACGGACUCAACGUGUUAAGAUGUGCUUGUGUACCUGCCUAACUGAUUUUUGCCAUUCUCCUUCGUUUCUACUCAUCCUAUUUGUCACUCGCUUACUACGGAAAAUAGUGUUUAUCGCCUUCAAUUGCAGUGGGUGUUUUAUUGUGAACAUGUUUCCCCAUUGCUCUUGUCCCUCUCAUCCCUAUGUGUCCAUUCCCCUUCUCCCGUCUGACUAUGUGCAUAAUUACUAUCGUUUAAGCACGCUUAAUCGCGGCUCUGGCACACAAUCCCAUACGUUUACACGAUGUGUACCCUCUUUUGUCCUGUUGUCCAUGACAUCGCUAUGUCUUAUUGUUUAAUGUACAUAUCCAUAAGGAGCGCAUAUCAGACGCAUAAGUCUAGCAUCAAAUUUUGUCUCCGGCGGAAGAAUUCAACUGUAAUGGUAGAGAAUGUUCUGUCAAGAACGGAUGGUACGUCUUGUGCAAACGGCAGCGCUUCACCGCAUUCGCCGGCUCCUGCUGCUGUUUUUUGGAAUUCCUUCGAUCCCAAAUAAGACCCCCACUAUCCUGCAUUCCAUCUCUCCAGCGUAUGUAAUAAUGUUACUCUGCGUAGGCCCAAUUUAGCAAUCUCCAUUCCCUCCACUUCUCCACUUUGCCCCCAAAACCCCCGCUAUCCCACUAUCAGUUAGCGGUACUGCUUGUCGCCGCACUUGACGCCGCUGGUCUCGUUAUCCACCCUGG